UCCCCAGUUUACAUGCCACGCUCCGAGGUAACCCAGCGCUUGCUCGACGCUGCCACACCUUAAUGAUUGAACAGUACUCCCUGGAGUCAUUGACUGCCGAACAAUAUAUCAAAGUCUUCCAUGAAAUUUUGUCGUUGACAACGAACCUCCGAUGUCUUAAGCUCAGGAGGGAUACGGCCUUGGCCGUAACAUGAUGCGCUCUAGAUCGAACCGCUGUAACCGAGCGCUCCAGAUCUACGGCUUCGUAUCACUGUCGAGAUCCGACGUCGCUUUUCUUAAAGAGGGCACCGCGCCGUUUACUACGGUAGACAUCGGCGAUUUUAACAAUGACGAGCUGGUCCUCCCGACGAUUGUUAACUGGUGCAAGACCAUCGAGCACUUCGCCUAUAUGGAUUACUUUAAGGACUGUUACGUCCCUUCCCCACCGGACGACGACCAGACUUUCUUCCACUGGCUUCUCGCGCGCCACCGUUCGACCGUGCGUUCCCUCGCCAUUGGAUAUUUCCAUCGGAUGCCCGGUCGUCCCCUCGACGUCACUGGCCUGCCCGCGCUAGAAACCCUCACAAUCCUCUGGACGACCUUCACCGCCAAUCCCCAUUGCCGGAUCGACGAUCUCGAUGCCACCGACGCCGCGAACGCGCUGCUCGCACCGAAACUACGGAACCUCACGCUGGUUAUGGAGACGUUCAACCGGUUCUCCGACCGGUUCUCGGCCUGUCCCCGGGGCACGCAUGGGACGGAAUUGGACCAAUGGCUGGGGCAAUUUAUGGAGAUCGCGAGGCAGCGGCACUCGCCGUUGCAACGGAUCCGGAUCGUGUACGACGGCCGCCGCGAAGGCUGUGUAGGUGGUUGCAAUUUCCCAGAGAAUGUUAUGAAUCCUCUGUUCGAAGCGGCCAAGCGAUUGGAUUUUACCUUGGUGUUUGAGGAGGAGACCAUUGAUAGUUGGCAUUAAUACCCACGUAGAAUAGAAGACGCUGCUCCGAGGCCUUUCGGGAGAUAUUUAACAUCUAGCGGAGGGACAGGAGUCAAAGCACCCAGUUUCCGGCCACCACAAACAAUCCAUUUGAUCAACAUAUUGCCCUAGAGUUACACAAAUAGAACAGCUACUAUAUAUAUUUCUAUAAAGGAGAGAUCUACUCUCUCCGCCCUAGAACUCCUUACCGG